GGCCCUUUACGACGUUUGGCGACAGCGCGGCCGGGCCUCGCUUCCGCGCCCGACGGCAGUGUGGCGGCCAUGGCGUCGCCCUUCAGCGGGGCCCUGCAGCUGAGCGACCUGGACGACUUCAUCGGCCCCUCUCAGGAUUGCAUAAAACCCCUGACGGUGGAGAAGAAGCCCGGCAGAGGGGCAGCAAAGAUCCGAAUCGAGGAGGAUGGGAAUUACUUCCAAGUUAACCAGGAUGGCCAGGCCCAGAAGCUGGAGAAGGCGAAAAUCACGCUGAACGACUGCCUGGCCUGCAGCGGCUGCGUGACCUCGGCGGAGAGCGUGCUGAUCGCCGAGCAGAGCCACGAGGAGCUGACCAGAGCCCUGGCUGCCAACAAAGCGGCAGAGCCUGGCCAGCAGAAGUUGGUGGUGGUGUCCAUCUCACCGCAGUCCCGGGCGUCGUUGGGAGCGAGGUUCGAGCUGACCCCCCUGGAGACGGCCAGAAAAUUGACAGCCUUCUUUCAAAGCCUGGGGGUGCACCACGUGUUCGACACCACCUUCUCGAGGAACUUCAGCCUCCUGGAGAGCCAGCGGGAGUUCGUGGCCCGGUUCCGGAGACACUCCGCCUCGGAGCCCGCCCUGCCCAUGCUGGCCUCCGCCUGCCCAGGUUGGAUAUGUUAUGCCGAGAAGACCCACGGCAGCUUCAUUCUGCCGUACAUCAGCACCGCCAAGUCUCCGCAGCAGGUCAUGGGCUCGCUGGUCAAGGAUCACCUGGCCCGGCAGCAGCACCUCCCCCCGGACCGCGUCUACCACGUCACGGUGAUGCCCUGCUACGACAAAAAGCUGGAGGCGUCACGGCCGGACUUCUUCGACCGAGAGUGCCAAACUAGGGACGUGGACUGCGUCAUCACGACGGGGGAAGUGGUGAGGCUGCUGGAGCAGGAAGGGGUGUCCCUGCCGGACCUGGAUCCCGCUCCCCUGGACCCGACGUUUGGCAGCGGCCCGGACCAGGAGCCGAUCGGCCACCGAGGAGGCGGGGCGGGGGGCUACUUGGAGCACGUCUUCCGCCACGCAGCCCGGGAGCUCUUCGGCAUCUCCGUGGGCGAGCUCACCUACAAGCCUCUGAAGAACAAGGACUUCCAGGAGGUGACUCUGGAGCGAGACGGCUCCGUCCUGCUGCACUGCGCGCUGGCCUACGGCUUCCGGAACAUUCAGAAUGUCGUCCAGAAGCUCAAGCGGGGCAAGUCGCCCUACCAUUACGUGGAGGUCAUGGCGUGUCCGGCGGGGUGCCUGAACGGCGGCGGCCAGAUCAGAGACGACGGGGCGUCGGGCAGAGACCUGAUGCGGCGCACGGAGCAGCAGUACGCGGCGGCCCGGAGCGAGCCCCCCGAGGCCCACCCCGGCGUCCGGGAACUGUACGCCCAGUGGCUGGGCGGGGAGGGCUCGGAGAGGGCCGCCCAGCUUCUGCACACCCGGUACCACGCCCUCGAGAAAGCCGGCGCCAGCUUCAACAUCAAGUGGUGAGGCCGCGGGGGGCCCGGGGACCUCCACCCGUCCGGGACGGACGGCCGGGGCCUCUGGCUCUGCCGAGGAAACCCGCAGGCCCGUCCCCGCGCCCCACCCCGUGCCGCCUCCCGGGACUCAGCCGCGGACUGGGAGACGCGGGCUGCUUGAAACGCGUUGGACUCCGGUCACCCGUGGGCUACCGGCUCAGCCCGGGGCUGGAGUCGGGGGCCGCAGCGCGUCUGCGGCCGGAGCGUAUCCCCCCCUCCCCCGCCGGGCCCCCCAGCGAUUCUUGGGCUGUCAGCCAGAGAGGAAAGACGCUUUGCCAGUUGUUGUCCAGGCCACCGGGAAUGCCCGGUGGCGGAAGCCUGGCCACGGGGCACCGGGUGGAAUAGGCACAGCCCCGGGGUGUCGGUCGGUGUAGGCACGUCUGUCGAGUAUAAUCCAGUGAUGCGGGCCUAGCUGCGGACAGUCCGGGGACGCCGGAUGUUGUAAGCCCAGCCGUGGAUCGCCCGGCGGUGUAGGCCGGGCCCUGAGGUAAGGGGUGCGGGAACGACUUCGUCCCCCUGCCUUAAGCGGGGAUUUCUGGGCGACGUGAGCCGGCGGGCUCCCGGCUGGAUUCGAGCAGCCGCUGCCAGGGUUUUCCAGGGGGCCGACGUCGGGCUUCAGACCGACUGGCUCCCGUGUGCUGCGGCCCCAUGGGGAUUAGCGGAAAAAGGAAGGGGGAUGCUGCGAUGGUACGGUGGUCCCGGCCGCCGCACCCGGUAGGAGUACGUGACCCGAGGGGUGGGUAGGGGCGGGAGGAGCUCUCUUCCCAACCCCAGAUGGGACCGUCUUCGCCAGCGCCGAAAAAGGGCAGACCGCCGUGGUGGUGGCCCGCUGGGUCGGAAAAGGGGACCGACUUCCGAGUGAGAUUUUAAGCUGAAAAUAAAUGGGGCGAGAAUGAGAGGGGCCCAAUCUCUAGUCGA